UGUGACGCAGCCCAUAGGAAUAUCGCCUAGAAAGUGUCCUGAGGGCAUCAGAUAAUGUUUAAUGGUUAGGUAUUGUGUCUGAGGUUAGGUUUUAGGGCAGGGGUUUCUUAAGGUUAGAUUUGGGGCUGGGUUUGGCACAGGGUGGCUUGAUUUCGUAGUUUCCGAGCUCUGGAAGUGAAAGGUGGGAGUAAAUGUCAAAUGCCCUAGAAUAUCUGAUGCCCUCAGGACACUUUCUAAGGGAUAUUCCUUCACGCUGCGUGAUGUACCUUUACUUCCCUCCGCUGUUUAAACUUUGACACUGCACUUCCUCUACAGCUUCACAUGGAUUGCUGUUUACUCCCAUUUUUUAAUUUUUUGCUAACUUUGUAAGCGCCUAUGUCUUUUACCAGCGGCUUUGUGGUAUAAAGUUUUUUUUUGUUUUUUUUUUUAACUGUACUUUGCAACUCUUUCUCGGAAUUGAAUCCCAGCUUGUGGUGUCUGCGCAAUGGCGUGUUGUGGUAAAUACCAGGUGUCAGAGGAAAAAAUCCCUAAUGGCAGACUAUGGAGGCCACUUAUUUACAGAAGAUGUACUGACAUAGCAUGGCUAAUCAUUUUCUUCAUUUUCUGGGCAGGAAUGAUGUUUGUAACUGGUUAUGCCAUAACGGCUGGGGCUACCGAGAGGCUGCUCUUCGGCUAUGACAGCUAUGGGAAUGUCUGCGGACGGAGAAACUUGCCUAUCAAAGGAGCGCCCCUUUCAGGACAGGACAUGACUGAUCGGAAGGAGGUGUUUUUUCUUAAUUCUUGCAACCUCGAAAUUCGAAACAUGAAAAUAAAUUCAAUCGCUUUAUGUGUCUCGAGCUGCCCACGGGAGCAACUUAACAAUAGGAAAGAAGUCCAACGUUUUGCUGAAAGAAACGGGUCCUAUCUUUGUGUCUACAAUUUAAACAGUUCAGAGUAUACUCUAAAUGCCCAUGCAGCAGAACUCUGCCCCAUGCUGCCUGUGCCUCCAAGCAAAUCAUUCCCACUCUUCAGACGGUGUAUUCCUCAAACCCCAGAGUGCUACUCACAGUUUGUGCCAGUUCUGAUCAAUGUUGUCAAUGAAAUGGACCUUUUUCAUCGGAUUAUAGCUGGAAUCAUGACAAGCAAAGACAGUAUCAUAGGACUUUGUGCGCUUGCAGUAGUAUUCUCUUUAAUAAUGGUGGCCAUUUUCAGAUUUAUUGCAGUAAUACUGGUUCACAUUUUAGUAGCUCUGGUUGUGUUUGGUCUGUUUUUUGUGUCCAGUGUUCUGUGGUGGCUUUAUUAUGACCAUGUGACGGACCCCAGCAUUGAACUGGAAUCAGAAAAAGAGAACAGCAAGUUUUUACUGGCCUUUGCUGUCGGCACUACAGUUAUAUCAAUAAUCAUCUUUGUUUUAAUCUUGGUAAUGCGGAGAAGACUGAAGCUGAUGACUGAGCUAUUCCGAGUGGCCAGUGAAACAAUCAGUGCUGUCCCUCUACUGCUGCUACAGCCAGUCUGGACCUUCAUUAUCCUUAUCUUCUUCUGGGCCUACUGGGUGGCUGUGCUGCUCAGUCUGGGCACUGCAGGCACUGCCUAUGCCACUAAUGGUGGCCAUGUAGAGUACAAGCCUCUCUCUGCCAUCCGGUACAUGUGGUGGUACCAUUUAUUUGGACUGAUCUGGACCAGUGAGUUCAUCCUUGCCUGCCAGCAGAUGAUCAUAUCUGGAGCAGUGGUUUCCUGUUACUUCAACAGGGAUAAAAAUAAUCCACCCAGCCACUCAAUCCUGUCUUCAAUAUCUAACCUCUCCAACUACCACCUCGGCACAGUGGCAAAAGGCUCCCUUAUUAUCACUUUAGUGAGGAUACCAAGGGUCAUUCUCACUUACAUCCACAGUACUUUACAAGGAAAGGACAAUGCCUGUGCCAGAUGCAUGGUCAGAAGCUGUACUUGCUGCCUAUGCUGUCUGGAAAAGUGUCUGCGUUAUUUAAACCAGAAUGCGUACACGGCUACUGCCAUCAAUGGAACAGAUUUCUGCACAUCAGCAAAAGAGGCGUUCUUCAUUCUAGUAAAGAAUUCACUUAACAUAGCAGCCAUCAACAGUUUUGGAGAUUUCUUGCUAUUCCUUGGGAAGGUGUUUGUAGUUUGUUUCACCUGCUUUGGAGGUUUGAUGGUGUUCAACUACCAGCGAGCUCUCCAGGUCUGGGUGGUUCCUCUGCUACUUGUUGCUUUUUUCUCUUACUUCGUUGCCCACUGCUUCCUUUCAGUGUUUGAGAGGGUGGUGGACUUGCUUUUUCUAUGUUAUGCCAUUGAUCUGGAAACCAAUGAUGGGUCUGCUGACAAACCCUAUUUCAUGGAUAAAGCUCUAAUGGAAUUUAUGAACAAAAGCAGUGAAGAAACAGGAAAAGUGAGAAAUCCAAAAGCUGGAAAUCACCCAGCUGGAACAGAAAUGCACCCAAUGGUUUGAGAAUCAUGAAUUUCAUCUGCUGCUUUUUUUCUUAUUGUAAAUAAAACUUCUUAUUUGAAUGUUUUUAUUUUUACUUUAACUGUUUAUUCCUGUGUUGUACAGUAUGUAGAGCAGGUAGAUCUUGUAUGGCUGAGAUUGGUUCAUUAAGGGGUAGUUGUAAGGAUACACGCAAAGUGAUUUGCAGGUACAAAACCCCCCUAAAAAUGCAGCGUAUGUAAAGAAUGGUGUUCACCUGGCGUUCUGUACCCACUAUCAUAUUUGCACUUUGCCAUCAUUAAUCCAUUAAAAUUAAUUGUAAUGCAAAUGAAGAAAAGAGCAUGGAAUUGGGCAGGAUCUGGAUACUAAGCGGGCGCAAACAUUAUAAUUUGAUGCAAGGAUUUUGCCUUGCACUUAAGCAAUUGCUGACCCCCCAAAACCCUUGUAGAAGUGAGUAACUAAGAGCUGUAUAAAAGCACACACCUGCAGAGACCUUUCAUUGGCUUCAGGAUGGCUGCUGUUAUACACUUCCUGAUGCGGCGAUACUUGGCUCUUGUUGAGGAGAGGCAGGAACACGUUCGGAGAAGGGCAAGACAAAGAAGACCCUGCAUAUUUAUUCCCAGGGUCACUUUGUUUGGGAUGCCGGAGGAUGCAGUGCUAAAUUUCAUGCUGAGAGACCUCAGCCGUAAGGACUCUCCACUUCUUAGAAAACUUUAAUUGCUCCUAAGCUUACAUAGGGCGCAGUGCAAAGUAACUGCCUGGCCGCAAUGCAAUUUGCACUUUGCCUAUACUUAAAUCUACCUCUAAGUUAGCAGGUGAAUACAAUGUAUUUUGAGGGAAGCUCCAGGAGGAAUUUAGGGUCUCUUCACUAUUGGCAUAACAAAAGAAAUGAUAUGAAUGAGAACAUUUAUAUAGCAUUGUGAAUUCUUUAAUACCACAACGACCAAAGCUUCUGAUGAUCUGCAUUUUAAAGCAAUCUUGGAUUGCAAAUGUUUUGACAAUGUAAAAUAUAAAUGGAUACUCUCAAAAAAAUGUUUAAGUUUUGUUAGAAUAAAGAACUGUUGGAAAAAUCGGAGUUGAGGACGGCAAGUUUAUAACACAACAUUUAUUUAUAAAAAGAACCAUACACAAAAAAAAGAGUUUGUAUCGAAAGACAUGGAAAUAAAUACAUUUAAAAAAGGAAAAUCAGAGUUUCUACAUGGGUAGAGUAUGGCACAUUCAACAAUGCAAGACUAAUUAAUAAAAACAGAAGUUUUACAAUAAAAAUAGUUUGGUCAGUUCUAAUGAAUAUAACAAAACACUUUAACAUUCAUUCUUCAUGAUUUCAAAACACACAGUUCCAGUGAUUUCAAAGCUAACAUCAAGGACAGAGGAAAUCACAAUUUAUCAUUUUUGUUUUCUUCUUCUUCAUCAUUAGCCCUCAGAUUUCCAGUAAGUCACAAUGACAUGAAUAAAACUUUGUCCAAAAAUAUUACCAUACCUCAAUGUGGUAAAAAGUACAUUGACUACUCCACUGUGAUAAGUGUUUUUUUUUUU